AAUCCUACAUCGUAUAUAAUGCUUGACAUUGGCAAGGAUUGAAUCGAAGAACAUUCAGAUAAGUUUUGAGUUUUUUGUUAUAGUUAAUUUGGUGGUCGAUUAUUGGGAAAAUAUCGUAAAAAUGGAGGUCGAUAGAAGUGUAGAGGAUACCCCUGCUUCUCAGAGGCUAACAAAUGAAGAUUUCAGGAAGUUACUUAUGACCCCAAGAUCUACACCGGCGGGGGGAGCUCAUCCUGCUGGCUCUGUGAGGGAGGCAAUGGCUAAUGCUGGAUCUAUGCCCCCUCCUACAGAAAACAAAAGUGAAUUACGUCGUAAGAAAAAAUCAUACUAUGCAGCCCUCAAGAAACAGGAAGACAAUAAAUUAGCUGAAUUAGCUGAAAAGUACAGAGAUAGAGCUCGUGAGAGACGAGAUGGAAUGAAUGAGAUUGGUCCUGCUGAUCCAACUAGUAAUACAAGUAGCGCUUACAGAGCCGUUGCUCCAGAUCUCAAAUCAGGAAUGGAUGCUAAAGAAAGAAGAAGGCAACUUAUCCAGGAAUCGAAAUAUCUUGGUGGUGACAUGGAACACACUCACUUGGUGAAAGGGUUGGAUUAUGCUUUGCUGCAAAAGGUCCGUUCAGAGAUUCAGACUCGAGAACAAGAGCAGGAAGCUGAAAUGGAGAGAUUGGUAUCUGCACCUGUUGAACCUGUCAAAGAGAAGAAAGAAGUAGUGCAAGAAGAAGAAAUUCAAUUCAAAACACAGAUGGGCAAAAAUAUCUUCAACAUGAUAUUAGACCAAAAGAACAAGAAAGUGGCACGUAACGAAUUGUUCGCUCCUGGCCGUAUGGCGUACGUAGUUGAGUUGGAAGAGGAGGGCACUAUCGACAGCGACAUCCCCACCACUCUGACACGAAGCAAGGCUGACGUGCCGGAGUUGGACGAGAGGAGUUCCGCCUCUAGUGCUAAUGAUGUGGUCCUAGAAAAAUUGGCACAGAUAUUCUCUUACCUGCGACACGGUAGACAUAGGAAGCAGAAGAAGACGAAGGAUAAGACAACAGAGAAGGGUCGAGCAGAUGAUUCUAUAUACGGCGAGAUAGGAGAUUACGUAGCCGGAGACAAACGUGCAGACCGUAGAGAUGAACGACCGCGCACUGGAUACUUCGAUAAACCCUCCGAGACUGAGAAGGAAGAAGGUCCAGGGCCUCUACCACGUCGUCAGAUUCCUGCGAGUGCGGAGGAGCGAGACAAACGAUCGGCCGCGUUACUCUCGCGUUUAGCCGCGGAACCCGAAGGAUAUGCCGAGUGCUAUCCCGGCUUGAGGGAGAUGGACGACGCUAUCGAUGAUUCUGAUGAUGAAGUCGACUAUACUAAAAUGGAUGCUGGCAACAAGAAAGGACCUAUUGGUCGUUGGGAUUUCGAUACUCAAGAAGAAUACUCUGCGUAUAUGAGCAGUAAAGAGGCUUUGCCUAAAGCAGCUUUCCAGUACGGAGUGAAGACACAAGAUGGACGUAAGACAAGGAAGACUAAGGAUAAGAGUGAGAAGGCAGAGCUAGACAGAGAAUGGCAAAAGAUUCAAAACAUCAUACAGAAACGGAAGGCGCCACUAGGGGGCGGUGAGGAGCCAGCCUUCAAAACACCAAAAUUUGCACAGUAAAAGUCUCGUAGUGAUAAAUGAAGUGAAUUUAACUCGCACUGUGUGUGUUCUAUUGUUGAACAUAAAAAUGAUAUAUUAUGUUAGUUUUGUACAUUAUGUUAACUAAUCUUAUUGUAAAUAUAGAUCUUUUUGAAUAAAUUGUGAAAUUGAUCCAGAUCUUUUUUGUUUUGCUUUUGUUUUACUAUUGUAGUGAUAUCAUUUAG